AUGUCGAAACUUCAUGAUAAUAAGAUGUCAAUUAAUUCAUCAAACCCGCUCAUCAGAACGUUCUGGUUGGGAAAAUCGGUUCAAACAUUAGAGGAUGGAAAUGAUGACUUGGACAUACUAGUGAACGAAUCCUGGAAUUUAUGGGUAAGCUGUUUGAGCAUCCGAGCUAAAAAAAUGAUUGGAAAUGAUGUGACCAUAAAGGGAGAUGCCAUAAAUGCCGACGAUUUCUUCUGUGAAUAUGGUUUUCUGAGACCAAAAGCCAUUUGUAAUUUAUUCGAUAAAAAAUGUUAUUCGUUUGAUACCGCGGAAGCAGAACCCUUCACAAAAGCAGCGACAGAAAUUCAUAUUCUUGCACGGAAUGCAGCAGAACUUUUGGAUUCAAAAAUUUCAACGUGGGAUAACUUAUACAAGGAAGAAAAAUUAUGGAGCGGAAACGGUGUUAUGCUCGAAGGAAUUCUUAAUCUAUACCUCGAACAAGAUUUUUAUACCGCAUUGCUUUUAGGAACCUCUACCUUAGAAAGGGUACUAGGAGACAUGAUACAUACAACCGACAAAGAUGCAUCAAUUCCCAACCUUAUUCGAGAUCUUUUGAUCGCUCCACCGCUCGUUCGGUUGCUAGGAGAAGACAUGAUAUUUUUCCUUCGAUGUCUAAUCGGUCCUCCAAGUUCAAUUAAUCUAAGGAAUGUCCUUUGGCACGGUUUUAUAAGUCCCAAAGAGUUCUUGCCUGUCCCUGCCAAAUGGUAUUCUGCACUCAUAACAAUAACAAUUGUGACUGUGUGCUCCAAGGUGAGGCGAGAUGGUGGUGUGGAUUCAUUGAACAAAAGAUGUGGAACGGACUUUGUAGGAUUUUUUCAUUUGGAUUCGCCACCUAACUUCAACGACGGGGGGAAAGAUGUGGAUGUUGAUUUUGAUGUGAUAUACGAAAGCAUUAUCUAUUCCACCACGACUCCCUCAUUGUUCUCUACUGAAGAAUCUACUUCUCCGCAACUUUUUCAUAUUGCCGUGCACACAAUCCAGCUGGGAGCGUUCGCUAUACUUUUUAUCUCGAAACCAAUUGUU